AAAAAAUUCUUUCCAAGAAAACCAUGACAAAUUGUUGUAAGAACUACAACUACAAGAUGAAAUGCGAGCACCCGACGUCCUCGACACCAAAUCAGGUGGAGUUCUUCUUGUACUCGUCUGCCGGGCUACAAAGGGGGUAGAAGCACUGCAACGAACUAGUGCCCCGCUGCCACACACGAGAACGAUAUGAGUACGAAAUCGAAGCCACGACUCCGUCAGGGGAAGUCUAAGGAUACUUCGCAUGCUGAAGUAGAACAAGACGCUGAAAAAGAAGAUGGCAGCGGCAGUGACGUCUCCUCGUGUGGUACUAUCAGUCGUUCUGCGUGUAUUGUCUUGAUAUCAAGUCAAACGAUGAAAUGAAACAACUACAAGAACAAGAACAUGAGCAUGAUUAUUUCAGAUGAAACAAAAACAGAUACCAUAUGGGCGCCCCCCACGAUACUCCUGGACUCGGACGGAGAGAAAGAUCCGGAUGAAGAUGACGGUACCAGAGACUCGUUUGCUAAUUCUCUCACUUUCAUUCGUGGUCGUGGUGUAAGCUUCCUUUUUCUUUUUAUUUUACUCGCCUACUUACACGGUGACUGUUAAGGGUUGGACUGUUGUCGUUAUUGUUGCUAUGCAUUUAUCUCCCUCAUGAAUUCACUUGAUGCUAUUGAGUACUAAUAUAUUGAAAACAUUUGGGAAUCUAUUUUCAAUUUCAUUUCAAAACUAAAAGAUGAAGAUUCAUCCGGCAGCUUCUAUGCCUAUAACGUCAUCAAGAUCUCAUCGGCAGGUUUCAUCGAGAAGAUCCCCGAAAACAAGGACGCGACAGCCGGCGUAGGAAAUCCCAAAGCAGAUCUCUUGUUUUUCUUCACGUUGCCAAGAGUGGUUUUUUUUGCAUCAUGUAUGUUUAUUGCUGGCAUUUUCUGUGGCGGAGCAGGUUUCUUUCUCUGGGUCCGGUUGUAUGCUCCCUCUGGAUACAACAAGCAGAUGAUGCAGGAAGAGCACGUCGAAGACGUGACGGCGCCACCUCCAGAAGAAUUUUCUCCCUCCGAUGGGGACGAUGAAGAAGAUGUCUCUUUUUCCUUGGAAUCGGAGGAGGCAAUCGCCGUUGAAGAUGAAGUAAGCUUCGUGGAGAUGAUGCAGCUACGAGGUGUUCGAUACAAACUUCGAGUAGAGAUCAAGCACUUCCGCGAAAAAGUUCAGAAAAGCCCAGGCCUUCAGGACGAGAAGAGGAAAGCGAAGGCGGACAAAUGUCUAAAGUGGAUUGCCCGCUACGUGGAAAAAUUCAAUGAAGAGGAUCAGAACCAGUGGCAAAAGAACCCUGAUCUGCAGAAAGCUUACAACAUGCUACCGAAAAUCCUAGGCGAAGAUACCGACUUACUGACGGCAUACAAUACCCUGCUUGAGCACCUUAAGUCGUUUCCAGAUGCCAUUCUUGCGAACCCUUACGGCAUGGGAUCAUUAAAUUAUUUUCCAAAUUGGGUGAAGUAAUCUGAAGCUGAACUGGAAAGAAGUAGUAGUAACAGUAACUACUCAACAACAAAAACAGAACAAAUUCAAAUAGAUGAUAGAUACAAAUUUCAAUCAUGUAGUUUUUGCACCUUAUUGAUUGAGAACGAAGUACAAGUAGAAGCAGAAGCAGUUCGACCGUAAUGCAACUUCCGUUGUCAACGUCGACGUGGCAUUCAUCUAUACUAUUGAAUUAUCGAGACUACGCAGUAAGUCUAAGUGUAUAUGAAUUGAACCAUUUCACAUAAGUUGUACACGGUGAAAUGAUUUCGAAUUCGAGUCUAGAAAUAAAUAGAUACCGCAUCUUGUUCUGCAUUAAUAUUCUUUCAUGAGAAACCAGACGGCGAGACGGAAGAAAUGAAAGCGGACCGAGUGAAGAGAGAGAAGAAGCAUCAAGAAGAAUAUGGGGACGACCGGGUAAAAAAGAAGAAGGAGCAUGAGAAAACGAAAGAGAAUCGGAAAAGAAAGAAGGCGCGAAAAAAGAAGAAGGAUAGCAAGAAGAAAGCGGAUGACAAUGAACAAGCAGAUGCACUAGAUAAGGUUAAGGAUGAAGAUGGGAUGGAUGACAUCAAUAGCCAAGAAGAUACAGAUACGGAUAAUAAAGAUGGGACUGAAUCUGCAGUAGCAGACCAAGAAGAACAAGACCAAAGAGAGCAGGACCAGGAGGAACAAGACCAAGGCCAGCAACUCUUGAUGAAGAAAGUAGUGUCUCGCUAGUGCUAAAGCUAAUGAACAACUAACCCCACCGCCUCUAUACACGUGUAUAUUCCUUCUAUGUAUAGUAAGUGUGCUGCAGUGACAGCUCUUCUCAGAAGGUACUACUUUACUGAACGGCCUCAUACAUAAGUAGACGCAUAAUGCUAUACAAGAGGCACCAUGACAUGACAGCAAUCUGCAUAGACGACGUACUAGUAGACGCACAAAGAGGCUCAUGCUCGAGAGCUCUAAUAGAUCGAUGGGCGCUACUAGUAGAUCUGCGGAGGUGAAGGCACGACAGCACGCAAGCGCUGCUAAAAACAAAAAGGAAGAAAGUGAUGGAUGUUGUUCGUGUUCAUUCGCUGAAGAAUGCUCGUCAGCCUGCUGCAGCUUCCUGGAUACUCCGGUGCAACACUAUUUAUUACGAAGAUGAAGUUGAAGUUGAAGAUAUACACGGAAGUGGAAGAACUACAAUAUGCUAUUUCUUUUUACUUGUAACAAGUCUAUCAACUUUUUUGUCACCGGUUUUUAUGAAAAUAUUGAAUCAUACACCAUCACCACAUGUUCGUUCUUUGUGUAUCGCCACUAACGAGCUAACAAUUUUUACCGAAACAAAGAAAAUUCAUGUUCUUGCUCCGUCUAGAUUUUCACCAUAUUCUUGAUAUUAAUAUCGAACCACACACAGGAGGAGACGAACGAGGCAGAACGGGAGAAGGAAGGGAGUACUAAAACAGGAGUUGCAGGGACAGGGAAUUUGCGUGGGUCUAGUGACGGGUGGACCUCCAAUUGGGCAAAAAUCCCACGAUGAAGAGGAUCGUGAUAUUGGGUUGCACAAAAUUUCUUUCCCAUCAGUAUCAGAAUUGAGAAGGAUCCUCAUCCUCUGAAGAUGAAGCAUGGGAGCGGGAUCGAUAUGCUAAUUGCUUACUCAUUCAAAAAGUCGAAGUACUUAGAAAAGAAAUCUGAGAUGUAGAAGAAGUACAAAACAAGCAAGAACCUUAGCAAUGUUGGUGCGAACAACGCUGAAUCCAUGUGCCUGUACUAUGAGCAUAUGCUGAGUGAAAGACUACUCUUGAUGCUAGGCACAUCGUCAUCCUUUACUAUCCUGUGGGUGUCUAUAUCCAUUACCAUUUUGUCCCUAUACGUAUUACGCACAUGCAUCAGCACCACUUGGCGUAGUUGGGCUUUGUGUUGUUGUGUAGUACUGAGUUCAUUUUCUGGUAGGGCGGACGAGCGGACAACACCGUUUGUCUUUGUGUGCCAGCACCUUAUAAUAGAGGAUUAUCAGAACUUCAAGAAACAAAUGCUAAUUUCUGGACCACUUUGGCACCCGACAUGAACAUGAUGUAAAACCGUUUGCCGGAUGGAAAAAUCUGGGUUCCAUCGCGACAUGAUAUAAUCUUAAUCCGAUCAAAUUUUCUAUCAUGGUCAUCAUGAUUGCUCAACAAGGCAUAUACAGCAAAAUUGAAAAAGUGUAAACCAAAAAUGCUAUAGUCAUCAAGCCUUUUGGCUUUAUUUGUACUAGGAUUCGGAGCAUAUACUUGAGCAGCUCAAGUAUGUUGUAGAAUCUUUUUUUGUGCUUCAUCAAUAGAAGAAACACAGCAAUUACUACAUGAUGAUCAUGCGCUUACCUUAGCCCUUUACCCUCCUCCAGGC